GCCUGGAAAACGUGCUUCUGUCUGUAUUUCCAUCAAAAGUGCGCAGGGCAGAGUCUUCACUGUGCAGCAGGAGGGCAGCUGGUUCCACAAAGGACAAAAUGAGAGACUAACUUGAUGCAAAAACACAUGCUGGAGUGGUGUGAGGGGUCCAGGAGCUUCAGAAGAGGAGGAUGAUGGUGAAGUCAGCCUGGAUGCUGCUAGUGCUCCUCAGUUUAGUAGUGCUGAGGCCUGCUAGAGCAAAGGAGAGAUGUGUGUGUAACGGGAAAUCCAGAUGUUACUGUGAAGGAGUCAAAGGUCAAAAGGGUGAAAAAGGAUAUCCUGGUGAUCCUGGGCUUCCCGGAUUAAAGGGCUAUUCUGGAGCUGAGGGUCAUCGAGGUCCUCCAGGUGAAAAGGGAAAUGCUGGUCCUGUGGGUGCCCCAGGGUCGAAAGGAGACUGGGGCCUCGUCGGAAAUCCAGGUUUCCUUGGAGCUCCAGGUUUGCCGGGCACUCCAGGAAAUCAAGGUCCUGUUGGUCCACCUGGUAGCCCCGGGUGCAAUGGCACAAAGGGAGACGUAGGUGAACCUGGCUUUCCUGGCCCUCCUGGCUAUGGACCAAAGGGAGCUUCUGGCUUACCUGGGCCAAAGGGUGACCCUGGUCCAUCAGUUCCAAGUCUAAAAGGACUCCCUGGACCUCCUGGACGUGAUGGUGCUCAAGGCCCACAAGGUGCACCCGGCCACGAUGGAUUGGCAGGGCCUGAAGGUUUCAGAGGAACUGAUGGGCCUAGAGGACCUCCUGGACCUCCAGGACUAAAGGGUACAGAGGGACGGCGAUCUGGUGUUCCAGGACCUCCUGGUCCAAAGGGAGAUCAAGGAGCUCCUGGGAUACCUGGCCCAAAAGGAACAAAACUUUAUGCAACUGCAACUAAAAAUUUAAAGGGUGAUCCUGGGGAUCAAGGCGAUAGAGGCUGUCCUGGUAGACCUGGAAUUCCUGGCUCUUCCUGGCAGAAAGGGGAGAAGGGGGAAAAAGGUGACAGUGGUCCUGAGGGAAAAAUAGGGAAGGACGGAGACCCUGGAAUCAGAGGAUCAACGGGGGAAAAAGGACAUCAUGGUCCUCCAGGAUAUCUUCCUGGCCCUUCAGGAGUCAAGGGAGAGAAGGGUGACAGUGGUCCAAUGGGUCCUCCUGGAGAGGUUAGCGGGUAUUUUCCACACAAAGGAUUUCAGGGGCCACCUGGUCCUACGGGGCUACCUGGAUUGCCUGGGAGCCCAGGUGUCCCAGGGUUUCCUGGACCUCCAGGCAUACCAGGUGUUUACUCUGUCCCUGGACCUCCAGGGUCAAGUGGGCCACCUGGAUUAAUGGGGCCCAAAGGAGAGAAGGGUGACCCAGGCCCACAUCAGUUUGGACCCCCUGGUAUAGAUGGACCUCCAGGACCCCCAGGGCCCCCCGGAGACCCAGGCACAUUGGCGCCUCCAGAUUAUGUCGAGCAGGGGCCUCCGGGUCUGAAAGGAAUCAAGGGUAUUAUUGGUCUUCCUGGACAUAAAGGCGGAUUUGGAAUGAAGGGCCAAAAGGGGGAGCCCUGUUAUGACUGUUCUUCUUGCCAAGGACCACCGGGACCACCAGGACCACCAGGCCCACUUGGUAUUCCUGGUGCAAAUGCACCACCUGGACCAAAGGGAGAUAUGGGCUUUAGAGGACUCCCAGGUUUACCAGGCUUUCAGGGCGCUCCAGGCCUACCUGGAUCUCAGGGUGCACCAGGAGAUAAAGGCAGUGGCGGAAGGUUCUACCAUGAGGGAGAGAAGGGGGAUAAAGGAUCUCCAGGGCUGCCAGGUCCAUCUGGACUCCCUGGUCACCAUGGCCCACCUGGACUCCCUGGCCUUAAAGGACCACCUGGACCUAAGGGCGAUUCAGAUUCGACAGGUGGUAUCAGAGGAGAUCCAGGACCUCCUGGGUUCGCUGGGCUUCCAGGACAGCCAGGACCGAUUGGGCCACCUGGACCUCUAGACUAUGGACUGCCUGGCUUUCCUGGACUGAAAGGCAGCCGUGGAGUGCAUGGCCUCAGGGGUCCACCUGGAUCUCCAGGUCAGAAAGGGGAGCCUAGUAGCUGGAGUGGGCGUCCAGGCCCAAAAGGGCAGAAGGGCCUUCCAGGGCCACCUGGAGAACAAGGCAGUCUAGGGUGGCCCGGCAGUAAAGGAAGUCCAGGUCAACAUGGUCAAAAGGGAGACAGUGGCAUUUGUUGUUCUGAAAAUAUUGGACCACCAGGAAUCAAAGGUGACAAGGGUCAGCCUGGACCUCCAGGUGUUCCUGGGAUAGGCUUAAAUGGGCAACAUGGACCGAUUGGACCUCCAGGAGUACCAGGGUCAAAGGGUGAAAUUGGAUAUGGACCAGCAGGACCAGAAGGUCCUUCAGGGCUUCCAGGAGAGCAAGGUAUUGUAGGUCCUCCAGGAGACCCAGGUCUUGCUGGUUUCCCUGGACUGCCUGGGCCACCUGGAGGACCAGGGGGACUUGGCCCAAAAGGAACUAAAGGUGCAGUGGGUGAUCGUGGUCCACCGGGCCCACCAGGUGACUGCAGGGCAACGACAGGUCCAGCAGGUCUACCAGGACCCCUAGGGGAACCAGGACCCCAAGGGCUAAGUGGACUGAAAGGCAUGCAGGGGAGUCCUGGUGUCCCAGGUUUUGGUCUGCCUGGUCCUGCUGGAUAUAAUGGACUACCUGGAACUUCAGUGCAGGGAACACCUGGGCUUCCUGGAGAACAGGGUUUCAAAGGGUCACCUGGACUUCCUGGACUGCCAGGACCCCCUGGAGACACAGGAUUACCAGGGACAUCACCUAGUGGCCCACGUGGUGCCAGUGGACCACCUGGACCCCCAGGACCUAAAGGAUCUCAGGGUGUGGCUGGAGUGAAGGGGCCAACAGGUCCCCAUGGUGUUCCUGGAGAUAUUGGAGAAAGUGGGCUGCCAGGUCCUUCAGGAAAUGAACCUGGACCUCCAGGAGAUCCUGGACCACCAGGCCCUGAUGGUUUACAUGGUGAAAGAGGAGAUCCAGGACCUACAGGAUCUAGAGGAACUGAUGGAAGAGAUGGGACACCUGGGCAGCCUGGACAGCAAGGCCCUGUUGGUGAUAGAGGUGUGGACAGCCACAUUCCUGGAGCACCAGGCUCAGCUGGUCCUAGAGGAGAUCCUGGACACAUAGGCUUCCCAGGUCUUCGGGGUAUUAAGGGAGAGACAGGUUUCCCUGGAAUCCCAGGGCCUUCAGGAGAACCUGGUGCACCAGGAGUGAAGGGAAUUAAAGGAGAUCGAGGUCCAGGCACUUUGGGUCCCCCUGGCCAAAGGGGGCAAACGGGAGAACCUGGAAUUAAAGGUACUAUGGCACAUAAAGGAGAGAAGGGAAAUACUGGACCUCCUGGUCAACCAGGUAACUAUGGCCCAAGAGGACAUACAGGAGACAUCGGAGCCCCUGGAUUUCAAGGACCCCCAGGCCCACCUGGUCUACCAGGCUUUUUUGGUCCUCCUGGGCCUCCUGGAGUUACAGGGUUACAAGGACCACAUGGGCCUCCUGGUCCUCCUGGUCUUCAAGGACCUGUAGGCGAGAAAGGCAACCAAGGGAGGGAUGGCGUUCCUGGACCACCGGGAACAAAGGGAGACACAGUGAUUAUAGGGGGUUUUCCAGGCAGAAAAGGAGACAAGGGACACCCAGGGCCUAAAGGAGAUCAGGGACCUCCUGGUACUCCAGGUUAUGGACCUGUUGGACCUCCAGGAAGUAAAGGAUUCCCUGGGCCUCCAGGACCUCCUGGUGUACGUGGUUACCCUGGUGCUGCGGGAGAAUGUUUCAGUGGGAGGAAAGGAGAACCUGGACUUCUGGGCAGACCAGGAGAUCCAGGGCCACAGGGCUCCAGGGGCCCUCCAGGGCCACCCCUGCCAGGAUAUAAAGGAGACAAGGGGGACAGGGGGCUGCCAGGCCCUCCAGGUCAUAUUGGAGUAAGGGGAGACCAUGGAACCUUGGGGGAACAGGGACCUGUUGGUGGACAGGGCAGUUUUGGGGUGAGAGGGGACCCUGGGCCACUUGGACCUCCUGGGUUACACGGUGAGACUGGAGAACCGAACUAUAAUCCUGGCCGCAAAGGUGUACCUGGACCGCGAGGACUCCCUGGACGACCAGGUCCAGAGGGACCUAGCAUGGCACAGGCCUACGUGAGCAUGCCCGGGGACCUGGGGCCAGAUGGCAGCCUUGGAAUCCGAGGCUUAACUGGUUAUCCUGGACCACCUGGACCACCAGGGCCGGCAGGUGUUCAAGGUCCCAAGGGCUUUCCAGGGAGGUCUGUUCCUGGUUUUCCUGGUUUUCCUGGACGGAAAGGAGAUAAAGGAGUACCUGGGAAGCCAGGGUUGGUUGGUGGUGUCGGGCAGCAAGGGGCUAAGGGCAUUCAUGGACCUCCAGGAAAAGUAGCUGAAGGAUCUCUUGAUAGCUUCUUGCUGACCAGACACAGCCAGAGCAUCCUGGUGCCCACCUGCCCAAGGGGCACCACGCUUAUCUACUCAGGAUACUCCCUGCUCUUCAUCAAUGGAAAUGAGGAAGCUCAUGGACAGGAUCUCGGUACCCUGGGGAGCUGCCUGCCUCGCUUCUCCACUAUGCCUUUCCUCUUCUGCGACACAGAGAACACCUGCCGCUACGCCUCCCGUAACGACUAUUCCUACUGGCUGAGCACCGAGGAGCCCAUGCCCAUGAACAUGGAUCCGAUCAGGGGGGACGUUCUGGCCAAAUACAUCAGCAGGUGUUCAGUUUGUGAGAGCUCAACCAACACCAUCGCCAUCCACAGCCAAACCACACAAACACCUCAGUGUCCCCAAGGCUGGCUUUCACUCUGGACGGGCUACUCCUUUGCUAUGCAAACCGGUGCAGGUGCUGAGGGAUCUGGGCAGCCCCUGAUCUCUCCUGGUUCCUGCUUGGAGCAUUUUCGACAGGUUCCCUUCAUCGAGUGUCACGGCCGUGGAACCUGUAACUACUACCCAGACUCCUACAGCUACUGGCUGGCCUCCCUCAAUGCAGGACAGAUGUUCAGUAAGCCUGUGCCCGAAACUGUGAAAGGCCCUGCAAUGACGAGUGUCAUCAGUCGCUGUCGUGUCUGCAUGAAAGCAUGAAACCUGCACACUUAAAACCAGCCAACAAGCUGCUGAGAUAUUUCUGUGAUGUAUUACAGUUUGACUUUAAAUGCAGAACGUUCUGCUUCUAAAGCUAACAUGCAUUCUGUAGAGAAACGUUGCUUCUAGAAAUUACAAGUGCCAUGUGUGCUUUGCUCAUUCCAGUACCUGACUAAACUCUUCUGUCUGAUGUUUCCCAUUUCCACUUCUAACUUUCUGCGGAACUGUGACCAAACAAGAUUUAAACACUGCUAAUAAAUGUUUUACACAUAUAUA